AUGGCUCUCAUUCGACAACGCCGCCAGCUUAAUCUCCGCCUCCCCUUGCCCGAACCCUCCGACUGCCGCCCAUGUUUCUCCGUUCCCCUCCUUCCUACCACCGCCGACACAAACAAAUCUUCCUUUGGUGCUAUCUCCGCCAACGAUCUCGAGAAACUCCAAGUCCUCGACCACAGUAACAGCGGCACCGUCUAUAAGGUAAAUUACAAGCGGACUUCCACCACCUAUGCUCUCAAACUCGUCCAUAGUGACUCCAACAACUCCACAGUCUGCCAUCAGCUCUUCCGCGAGAUGGAGAUCCUCCGCCACACCGACUUUCCCUAUGUCGUCCGCUGCCACACUAUCUUUAAGAAGUCGUCGGGAGAUAUCGGGAUCCUCAUAGAGUACAUGGACUCCGGCAUCCUCGAGACCUUGCUUAAAGCCCAAGGCACCUUCUCUGAGCCCAAUCUUGCCCACGUCGCCCGCCAAGUUCUUAAAGGCCUCAACUACCUCUACACCAACAAGAUCAUUCACCGCAACAUCAAACCCGCAAAUGUUUUGGUGAACAGCAACAUGGAAGUGAAAAUCGCCAAUUUUAGCGUGAGCAAGAUCCUAUGCAUGACCUCGGACCCCUGCAAUUCCUACGUGGGUACUUGUGCUUACAUGAGCCCGGAAAGAUUUGACCUGGAUACUUAUGGCGGCAAUUACAGUGGCUACGCCGGUGACAUAUGGAGCCUAGGGCUAACCCUGAUGGAGCUUUACAUGGGUCACUUUCCGUUGUUGCCUCCGGGUCAGAAACCCAACUGGGCCACGCUUAUGUACGCCAUAUGUUUCGGAGAGCCUCCGAGCUUGCCCGAGGGGGUGUCGGAGGAGUUUCGGAGUUUCAUGAAGUGUUGCUUGUAG